AUGGCUAGCUCGAAAGGUCCACUUGUGGGUGCAAUUGAUCAGGGAACAUCCAGUUCUCGUUUUAUGAUAUUCCCUGCCAAUUCACAAGAGGUUAUUAGUAUCACGCAGAUGGAAAUUAAACAAAUGUUUCCACGCGAAGGAUGGUGUGAGGAAGAUCCCGUAGAAAUAUUAGAAUCAGUUCAAAAAUGCAUUAGUGACGCUGCCGAUAAGUGCAAUGAACUUAAUAUUGACUUAUCGCAAAUCAAAGCUAUUGGAAUUACGAAUCAACGCGAAACUACUAUCGUUUGGGAUAAAUUUACCGGAAAGCCACUAUAUAAUGCAGUUGUUUGGUUAGAUACGCGAACAUCGACAACAGUUGACAAAUUAGUAGACAAAGCACCGACCAAGAAAGCGGAUUAUCUGCAGAAAAAAUGUGGUCUGCCAAUCAGUACGUAUUUUAGUGCUGUAAAAUUAAGAUGGCUAAUUGAUAACUGUGAAGAAGUGAGAAAAGCUAUCGCCGAAGAUCGUUGCAUGUUUGGCACAGUUGAUUGCUGGCUUAUCUGGAAUCUAACUGGUGGACCAAAUGGUGGCCGCCACUAUACGGAUGUAUCGAAUGCUAGUCGCACUAUGUUAAUGAAUAUAGCAACACAGGAGUGGGAUCCGGAACUUUGCGAAUUUCUCGGUGUACCACAAAGUGUCUUGCCUGAAAUUAAGAGCUCUGCUGAAAUUUACGGAUAUAUGGCUGAAGGACCUAUGAAGGGAAUUCCUGUUUCUGGAUGCCUUGGAGAUCAACAAGCUGCUUUAGUUGGCCAAUGCUGUCUACAAAAAGGCUUAGCAAAAAAUACUUAUGGUACUGGGUGUUUCCUCCUUUAUAACACCGGAACGGAGCUGAUAUUCUCUGAACACGGACUGCUAACAACAGUAGCUUAUAAAAUGGGAGCUGAUCAGCCGACGUACUAUGCACUAGAAGGGUCUGUAGCUAUCGCCGGUGCAGUUAUUCGAUGGUUGCGCGAUAAUCUUGGAAUUAUUAAAGAUGCCGCCGACUCUGAGGAUCUAGCCCGGGAAGUUGUUGACUCAGGAGAUGUUUACUUUGUACCUGCUUUUUCUGGCUUAUUUGCUCCAUAUUGGAGACAAGAUGCAAGAGGAGUAAUUGUGGGUUUAACGCAAUACACCAACAAGUGCCACUUAGCACGCGCUGCAAUUGAAGCUGUCUGCUUUCAAACAAGAGAGCUACUGGAAGCUAUGAAUAAUGACUCUGGUAUCCCUCUUAAAACAUUAAGAGUUGACGGUGGCAUGACCGCAAAUAAAUUGAUGUUGCAAAUACAGUCCAAUCUGUUAGGCAUUCCAGUCGUUCGAGCACCCAUGCCAGAAACUACCGCAUUAGGAGCUGCUGCUGCAGCUGGAGCAGCUAAAGGAGUUGAUGUAUGGAACUUAGAGGCCAUGAAGGAAGCACCAGGAGAAGAGUAUUUACCUUCUAUACCUAUUGCAGACAGCAACCUUUUGUACGGUCGUUGGAAGUUGGCCGUUCAAAGAUCAAUGAACUGGGUAGAGAAAAGUACUUCUGAUUAA